GCCACACCGGCCUCUGAUUGGCUGUUGCUGUGGAGACCCCCAAGUCUCACUAUCGUCGCUCCAUUCCGCUGGCCAAUCAGAGAAGCCGCUCUUCGCCCUGACGUCAGUCUCCUCUCCUGCUGGCCAAUCACGAUGUCCGAUGCUAGAGUACUUGACGCGCGAGGCCACUGCUCAGGUGCUACACUGCUCCAAGCUUGUGCUGAGUCAUCAGGCCCCAGCCCCGCGUCAUCCAUCAUGGAAGCCAACAGCACGGCGGACAUCUUGAGCUCGGCCUACCUGGCAGCUGAGUACGUGGACGCCUUCCUGCCAGGGAACCCCUUGCAGCCGUCGCUGAAGCACGCCUGGGCCUACAUGCUGGACAACUACACCAAGUUCCAGAUCGCCACCUGGGGCUCCCUGGUGGUGCACGAGUUCAUCUACUUCCUCUUCUGCCUUCCCGGCUUCCUCUUCCAGUUCAUGCCCUUCAUGCAGAAGUACAAGAUCCAGCAGGACAAACCAGAGACGUGGGAGAAACAGUGGAGAUGUUUCAAGAUGUUGCUCUUCAACCAUUUCUGCAUCCAGCUGCCUCUCAUCUGCGGCACGUACUACUUCACCGAAUUCUUCAACAUUCCCUACGACUGGGACUCCAUGCCACGCUGGCCGUACAUCCUGGCCCAGUGUUUUGGCUGUGCGGUGGUGGAAGACACGUGGCACUACUUCCUCCACCGGCUGCUCCACCACCGCAGGAUCUACAAGUACAUCCACAAAGUCCACCACGAGUUCACCGCGCCGUUCGGCAUGCAGGCGGAAUACGCCCACCCCGCCGAGACGCUCAUCCUCGGGGCCGGCUUCUUCAUCGGUAUCAUGAUCUUCUGCAACCACGUCUUCUUCCUGUGGGCCUGGGUGGCUUUCCGCCUGCUGGAGACCAUUGACGUGCACAGUGGGUACGACAUCCCAGUCAACCCGCUCCACCUGGUCCCGUUCUACGCCGGCGCCCGCUUCCACGACUUCCACCACAUGAACUUUGUGGGCAACUACGCCUCCACCUUCACGUGGUGGGACAAGCUGCUGAAGACUGACAGCCAGUACAACAAGUUUUUGCACAAGAAGGAGCAGUAAAAAAACACCAACACAGCAGUGGGGGAAAAAAAGAGCGUGUCAAGAAUCUGUUCUGCUGUGAAUCUGGAUGGAAGGUCUUCUGUAGGCAGCGGCAGACUCAAAUAAAACCCUCAAUAUUCUCCUUUUUUGCUACUUUGUUUGGUCUUUAUGUGAGGAACAAAGCAAACAAGAAACUGUAUAGACGGCUGUACACCUCUCCCUUUUUUAAUAGUCAAGCAUCAAUAAUCAGCCAACAAUCUUUUUAUAACCCCACUAACAUUUUUUUUGUGUGUUUUUAUGUUGGAAUAAAAC